UUAACAAAAUGAGUAAUUCCGAAGAAUCUUUGAUCGUGUCAAUAUGUGUGGGCGAGCAGCGUGAAUUAGGCCAGGCAAGAGCAUGGGAAAUCGUAAGCGAAAUACUGGAAACCAUAUUUGAAAGUUCCAGUUCAUCCUCUGAAGACUCGGAAAGCGAAAAUGAACAUCAUGAGAAGUGUUCCAACUUUGAAGGUACUCUCGAUGCAAUGAGUGAGAUGGACUUCAAAAUUAACAUGAGACUGAAACGUGAAACAGUGGAGUAUCUAACAACGAAAUAUUCAAUAUCUGCGUUUCUUCCUGACCAGUCUGGUGGUGGUAGGUCACGCAUUUCCCCCAAAAAGGCAGUUUAUAUGUAUAUUUGGUACAUAAGCAACACCGUGACAUUUAGGCAGCUAGGUAAUUUGUUUGGGCUCGGGUACAAAAGAAAACAACUAUAG